AUGGCGACGCGUGCGCAAUUUGAAUCGAGCAACGAAGUGGGCGUUUUUGCGAAGCUCACGAACUCGUACUGUCUCGUGGCUCUCGGAGGCUCAGAGCACUUUUACAGCACCCUCGAGGCUGAGUUGGCCCCACACAUUCCCGUCGUCCACGCCACCGUGGGCGGCACUCGAGUGAUUGGUCGGGUCUGUGUAGGCAACCGCCGAGGGCUUAUCGUCCCCUCCAUCACGACGGACCAGGAAUUGCAGCACCUGCGCAACUCUCUCCCCGACUCGGUGGAGAUCCGCCGAGUCGAGGAGCGGCUGUCGGCGCUCGGGAACAACGUCGCCUGCAACGACUACGUGGCUUUGCUUCACACAGACAUGGACAAGGAAACAGAGGAAAUCGUGCAGGACGUGCUGGGCGUCGAGGCCUUUCGGGCGACGAUUGGGAAGCAGACGCUCGUCGGCAGCUACUGCCAUUUCACCAACCAGGGCGGACUGGUGCACGUCAUGACUCCGGUAGAAGACAUGGAAGAACUCUCCCAGCUUCUUCAGGUGCCUCUCACGGCGGGAACCGUGAACCGCGGGUCCGACUUGGUUGGCGCAGGCCUAAUUGCGAAUGACUGGGCCGCCUUCUGCGGCAUGGACACCACGGCGACGGAGUUGGCAGUGGUCGAGAGGAUCUUCAAAAUCGCCACGCGGAAUCAACAGAAACUGAACUUGGUGGACGACCUAACUCUCCGCUCCUCUCUGAUCGACACACUGUCUUAA